AUGCUGGCCCCCGCCCUUCUUGACCCCGUCCCCUACUUUGACGAUCCAGCCAACUUUCUCUUCUUUGCUGGCCGCUCUCGUGAAAGUAACAAGCGCUCGGUGACCCUCCCUCCCGAUCUUGCCGCCGGCGUCGUAUCCCUCGACAUCAUCCUGCGCAUGGAUAGCACCAACUGGAUGAGCCUCGGUGGUUCGUGUGAUCAAAACAUUCGAGCCCUCCUCACCGUUGGUCGUGAUUCCCUCCGCGACAAACAAGCCGGCCUCGUGGUGUCGGGUGAUGGCGCCUGCUGGGACAAAAUCGCAAGCUCCGGUUUUGGCUCCGACGUGGCCCUCGCCGUUAGCACCCGCCCCCUCGCCGCCCCCAACACCACGGAAAUGGCUUUGACCCUGCACUGGGCCCUCGAUCUAACCGACCUCUCAACCCUCGACUUUCGCAUCGGCGGCUCCGUCACACUUGCGGAAAACAGCUCCAUCGCCAUGGGCAACCUUCGCUUGUACGGCUGCUUCAACGCCGACAAAGAGGCCUGUGGCGAUGCCCUCCCAUUAAGUGUGCCAGUGCCCAUCACCACCACCACCACUUCAUCCACCUCGACAACCACCACGACAACCACCACCACGACCUCGACCACCUCGACUACCACCACGACAACCACCACAACAACCUCGACCACCUCGACCACCUCGACCACCACCACCAGCACCACAUCCACCUCAAGCACCGUAUCAACAACCAGCACGUCGCUGUCCACGUCCACACCCCCACGCUUCGCUAACCCCCCGACCGCUCCAUCGUCCAUGGCCUCCUCUUCCAAAAAAACGGACCUUGGUUUGAUUGUCGGUCUGGUCAUGGGUGUCCUGCUGCUCGGGCUGCUACUGGCCGUCAUGCUCAUUGCCCAUCGACGGCGGCGCGCUGAGCGCCGGACCAACCCCUCUUAUACCCCAGACGUACCCGAUGAAUACCUAUGCCAAAACCCGCUGUACGGUCAGCAGCACGGGCCAGAGCCAGAUCCCGACGUCUUGCCCCCCGACUAUGGCGUGGCCAGAGAUAUCGGACCUACAUCCUCAAAACCUCGCCCUGCAGGCUACAACCAAGCCACACUCACCCUCCCGCCCGGACCUGACAUUGGCAACUAUGAAGCCAUGCCCUGCGACGGUCCUGCCUUUGCAACCCACAACACGAUCGGCCCCGGUUCCGCCGCGAGCCCCCACGUUGUGGUGCACGGCGACAUGGGUCGGCAGGAAGCCGAGUCUUUGCUGGUGCAAGAGGUACGCCCGGAUGGACAUGCCUUCUUGCUACGACGGCGGCCGGACGGCUCACUUGCCAUGACCGUGGCACAUGCCGGGCGCCCUCGCCACCAUCUGCUUCGGUGGAGCCCGGACGAUCAAGGCUGGUUCGUCAACGACACUCUAGUCGCGCCCUGCGCCAGACUCGACCAACUCAUAGCUCGCCUUCAGCAAGCCGGCGCCACGGGCGGCUUGGCGUACAAUCUCGGUCCCAUGCUGGAGCGAGAUACAACCGUCUAG